AGCUCCUUCUACUACGAGGAAGUUGCCUGAGGAGUAUGUGGAGUUGGUGAAACGUGUUCAUGAGGAUUGUGGUUAUGGCUCCAGGGAUAUGGGUACAAAUGGAAAAGAGAGGAAGCAAACAAGAACUUGCUGCGGACGCAUACAACUGCUGUUUCCACCAGAAUGCUUUAUGCACUGGCUAAGGUUUGAGGGUCUUGAGACUCAUAAUUUUGUCUUUUAAUUCAUUUAACUCCCUUCAAUAUUUGUUAGCUCUUUUACUAUACAUUUUUAUCAUGCUUCCUGAUUGUUACUUUGUUGGUGUGUUGCCAUUAUUAUUACAUGCACUAUAUUUAUUGAAUGCAUAAAUAUAUUUUUUGGAUUACA